CUCCGGUUGAUCGAUUACCUGCGACACGAUUCAGCCGUCAGGAGCUGAAAGCUUCUUGUGAGACUAAGAGAUCCAAAAGCGGCAACCCGCUUUCCCGAUGGGGAAGCACUUGCAAAGCAAAAGCGCGCAGCUCCAGUUGGAGAACCAUCAGCAGGGAUGCAUGUGGAGCAUACUUCACGGUCUCAAGUACCAUCAGUGGCAUUACGUCAAGAAGAGGCUUCCGCACAUGAGGCAAGGAGGCGGAAGGCAUUCGGCGGGUAAUGGAACUACUGAGAACAGUACAAAUGCCCAUCAUACUGACGUAUCACCGGAGCACAGCAAUGCCGAUGGCGAAAGCUUGCAGAAGAAGAGAGAACUCAGUCCAGCAACCAAGACCUCCGUGAAAGCCCGGAUAAAAGCGCUGAUCUCGGAAGAGAAGUACAGAAGGAAGGGCCGGCACCGCAGGAGCUCCACCUCUCCGGCGCACUUGCAGUCGGUUGAAGCCAGUUCCACUCAUCAUCCAGGCUCAGGCUCCUGUCUUCACAGGUCUUCACAUGAUCACUUUGACAUGCAUGGGAUGCAACCGAUACAGAAAGGCGAACUUAGUCAGGAAAAAUCGAAAAACUCAGAGCAAACUCUGCCACAGGAUGAUGUGCUUCUUGAAAGUUGUACUGCCACAGACGGUCUUGAUCACCGAGCAUAUGAUGGUACAGAUGGUUCUGAUUGCCGAUCGGGGAUUUUUCGUGAUCCUUUGGAUAGAAUUGACCUGGACAAGGAGCUAGUUCUCAAAGUUUUACAGGACAAGGGAUCAUUUUCGGCUCAGCACUUUGAUGGUCAAAACGCGGUUAGAAUGAAAAUGGGGCUGCGGAGGUUUGGAACUUCUCCAGUAUCAAGCCAAUCAGGCGAAGAGGUCUCAGCACCAAGCACAUCUAGAAACAAAGAGGAAGAAGAGUGUAGCAAAAGCAAGUUAGGCAGCCUGGGUCAAGACACACCUUUGGCGGAAUCCAAUGCUUCUGUGGCCGUCCCCGUCCUGUUUCUAAAGAAGCAAGGCAAGAAUCAAGUCGUCAGUAGUCGCCUCAAGAAUCUGAAAAAGAAACUGAAACAUGUAUUGAAAGCAAGCCGGAAGGAAAAGCAUCGGAUAGCCAUGGACGGGAUCCUCGACAAGAUCCCUCGAGACCACGAGCGUUCGAUGGAAAUAAAGGAGGACGUGAUACGAAAGUGGAAGGACGUGGUCUCGGAGAGAGAUUAUAGCAGCUCUCCAAGACAAGGCGAUCCACGUGGUAUGAAGAGGACGCCGUCCCUCGAUGCGUCACUGGAGAAGUAUUGUCAGCUGUUCGAGUCAAGUUUCAAUAGAGAGGCCAAGCACAGCGAUACCGGGACAUCUAGAGUCGGAGGACAAGAGAAGAAUUCGCAUCGUGAGGUAUCCGUGAGAUCGCUGGUGCGCAUUCGUUCCUUACCAGAACUCAAAUCUUCCUCUUUUAGGACUGAGGACUCUUCAGUAGCCAUCCUCACUGGGACUCCAGUUAGGACUCUCACGGACACUAAUGUGAGCGGACGAAGUAGCUUCGACGCGGCGAGCAAUCAGAACUUUAGGUUAGCUUUGGAGAAAUUAGAUGUGCAUGUAGAAAAUGAAGUCGAUGACGAGAAGGUAGAUCAUAGUGAAGCUUCUUCGGUCGGUAGAGAAGAGGUACAAUUAACGUCGGUUGCUAGUUUUCAAGAUAUGGGCGACUCGACAGCAGGAGAACGUACAUAUGUCGACGAGGUUGUCAUCGAGCUGACCUCGAUGCCCUCCAUUAAACUAGAAGAUACAGAGUCCAAUCAAAGAAGCCCCGUCCUCGAUGGAGUGGAGUCCGAUUCUUCGGCCAUUUGCUGUCGUGAACCAGCAAGUGACGUGCUGCCGGUGGUGGACACUGAAGUUCAUCUUGAAAAUGCGGAAAUCUCGAGUUAUCAACUGGAUAUGGACUUAAUGUAUGUCCCUGUGGAUUUGAAAGACGUUGAGCUGUUCAAUUAUGUCAAAGACGUCCUAGAGCUCUCUGGAUUCGGUGGCAACGAAUCCCUGGGAAGAUGGCAUUCUGGAGGCCAACCGGUUGACCCUUCGGUUUAUGAAGAAGUCGAGGGUUGCUCAAUGCCCAACCUCGAGUCUCUAGAGAACAACGAAGGCGGUCACUACGAUCACUUAAUUUUGUUCGAUCUCAUCAAUGAGGUGUUGGUCAAUAUCUACCAGAGAUCCUUCGGGUACCAUCCAAGGCCUCUGUCUUCUCUCUGCCGCGUGCAUCCAAUGCCAGAAGGGUUCCGUGUUCUUGAGGAGGUGUGGGCGAGUAUAAGCUUUUAUACGAGUCUAAGGCCUGAGCUCGACCCGGCAAUGGACUAUGUGACUGCCAGAGAGCUAGAAAGGCAUGACGGGUGGAUGAAUCUACGGUUCGAUAGCGAGUGCGUGGGGCUUGAGCUCGAGGACUUGAUCCUGGAUGAUCUUUUGGAGGAAUUGAUCUGCACUUGAACACAUUCUAAGUCGCAUUUUUUUCUCUUCCUAUAAAUGUAAAGUUGCUAGCUUAGAUCUAACCUAGAAGAAAAAAAUGUUGAAAGCAAUUUCACACUAAAUAGUGACGGUCCAUAAACAACAGUGUACAUAAGGCGUUUUUAAAUUGAUAGUGAAAAAAAUUGAUCUUCU